AACGCUGUGCACAAGCAAAAUUAGGUAUCUGAAAAGGUUGAUUAUUAAAAUUAAGAAAUCUCUAAAAGUGUACGCACUCGCGUAUAUAUUAUCAUAUCGGUCCAUCCCUAAAAUACUUACAUCCCUAAAACCAAACGGCGUUUUUUUUUUGUAAACAUUUGCCAAAAAGGGUAACAAUUAGAUACCAUGAAUACGUGCUUCUUUUGCGGUGCCGUUGACAUACACGGCACUGCAAACUAUGAAUUGCUCACAGCUAAGGUGCCAUCGUCACAUAAAUCGGUGUCCUUGGUGCUAACACAUCUCGCCAACUGUAUGAAAACCGAAGUUAAAUUGAGUCCAAACGCAAAACUCUGCCCGCGAUGUUUCAACGAGCUGGCGGAAUACGAUACCAUAAUGGUAAAUCUAAUGGUUACCCAAAAGAAAUUGACAACUCAAUUGAAGGCGGCACUCAAAUCGGAGUUCGAGGACGAGGGGCUGGUUGAGGAACUGGAUAAAGCGGCACAGGAAGAUGCUGAAGCGGAAGCUUUGUUCGAGGAGCUAGUCAAAGAGGAGGAUGAUAUGGAUAUGGACAUUAAAGAGGAGUACGAUGACGAUGAUGAUGAUGAGGAGGAAUUUCUUUGCGAAGUUAAAUCAGAUGCUUUGUCCGUUAAGAUGGAGGAUGAGGCCGACGAUCAAGGCAAAUUCAUUCCAAAACGAGUCAAACAGGAAUGCAGCACCUGUGGCAAAAUCUUCAAUGCUCGCUAUCAAUUGCAAAAGCACAUCAGCGAGGAGCACAACAAGACCCAGGCACACGUUUGUCCCAUCUGCGGCAUUAUACGACGCGACGAGGAGUAUCUCGAAUUGCACAUGAAUGUCCACGAAGGCAAAACUGAGAAACAGUGCCGUUACUGCCCCAAGAGCUUCUCACGGCCUGUCAACACGCUGCGGCACAUGCGCAUGCACUGGGACAAGAAGAAAUAUCAAUGCGAAAAGUGCGGCCUGCGCUUCUCCCAGGACAAUCUCUUGUACAACCAUCGCUUGCGGCACGAGGCCGAGGAGAAUCCAAUUAUAUGCAGCAUAUGCAAUGUCUCGUUCAAGUCGCGCAAAACAUUCAAUCAUCAUACACUCAUCCACAAGGAGAACAGGCCCCGCCAUUAUUGCACCGUCUGUCCCAAAUCAUUUACAGAGCGUUAUACACUCAAAAUGCAUAUGAAAACCCAUGAUGGGGACGUUGUCUAUGGCGUUAGGGAGGAGGUGCCAGUGGAUGAUCAGGUGGUCGAGGAGCUACAGGUUGAUGUGGAUGAAUCCGAGCAGGCCGUAACAGUUAUUAUGUCCGACAAUGAUGACAAUGCCGCCAGCUUUUGUUUGAUUUGCAGCACGAAUUUUGAGAACAAGAAGGAACUGGAGCAUCAUUUACAAUUUGAUCAUGAUGUCGUAUUAAAGUAAAUAGCAUUUAAAACUCCCUAAUAUAAUAUACACACCUUUCGAUUGGAAAUCUAAGUAAAAAAAAAAAAAAACUGAAGCAUAUAGUGUGCAAAAACUUAGUUUUUUUUUAGACUUGAAUAAAUUAUUCACACUACUA